AUGGCUGAUUCCGAUACGGACCUCUUCCAAUACACCGCUGGCCGUUGGUUAUGGAAUGAAGAGAAGCAACCCCGAAACCGAUACACACCAUCCAAUGUGUCUGAGUUAAAGAGGAUCGCAGCGCAUAGCAUCGGUGCAGAUACAUGCACUGCAAUUAUGAAAUUGGCAGAAGGGAACUACAAUAAAUGCUUCAGACUUGAGAUGGAUAAUGCAUCAACCGCUCGAACGAUUCUCGGAAUACCGACACCCCGUUUGUAUGAUUGGGAUGCAGACAUGGAUAACUCCGUAGUUUCUGAGUAUAUCAUUAUGGAUGAAGCAUCAGGUACCAUGGUGCAAGAAGUGUGGGAAGAUCUUCCCAUCGAUGACAGAAUGCAGCUCGCACAAGAGCUCGCUGAACUACAGACAAAAUUGCUCCAAGUACCACUGAACUGUUAUGGGAGUCUUUACUAUGCAACUGCCAACAUUCAAGAUGCCGUUCCGGCUGAGACCUGUGGAGAAGUACCCCCAGAGCUCAAAGAUGAGAUACGCCAUCGUUUUGUUAUCGCUUCCACCUACUGUCGCUUGAAAAUUCAUUGA